GACCGCCGGUGACCCAUACCCCGGAAGUAAUCGUUGUAAACACCGUGCACGUUUGGAGGUGAAAGCGUAUCCUCCCGUUAAAAAAAAAAAAAAAAACAUGUCAAAAAACACGAGAAUCGCAUUAGUAUUCGGGGGGUUUAUAACGGCGGUUGCCGCAGCGUUUUACCCCAUAUUCUUCUACCCGCUCACGCACAAAGAGGAGUACAGAGAAGUGCAAAAGGUGAACCGGGCAGGAAUCAACCAGGCAGAUGUUCAACCCGCCGGUGUGAAGAUAUGGUCCGAUCCGUUCAAGGCUGCCGGCAAAUGAAGACCAGUGACUCCUGACCAUCACUAAUUCCAGAUGCUGAUGGCGAGCUGCUUUUUUGACGAGUGCUUGGUGUGCGCGUGAGUGAACGAAUGAUUUCCAGAAUUUGUUUGGUUGUUGAGUGAUUCCUUAUCCUAUAAAUAAAGUUUAAAGUUCUAAAAACUUAAACAUGAUUUCAGACUACUGUAAUAUAUUUUGUUUAAAGGCAAAAAAAGAGGGCACAAAUGUGCUUUCUACCCCCAGUUCACCUGACAUGCUGGUUGUCAUUUGUCCACAAGGGGGCACACCAUGCCUGCCUAUUAAAACAGAAAGCAUUGAACUGUGUUGAUUUGUUUGUGCAUCUAAGAUAUUUUGGAAAAACGUUUGUAUUUCCAAAAAUCUUGCUCUGGUAUGCAGCCUGUAGGAAAUUAUAAUAAAAUACAGUGGUUUGUUUA